GGCAAGUUAAUCGUGAGUUAGAUCUGAUCGUAACGACAACGAUAUUAUUAUGAAGCAAGUGUUUGUUCUACUGUUCAUUUGUGGUCUCGCCGCAACAAACCCGACCCCCGAUGUUUCAGAACUGAAAGGCAUCAGCAUUCCAAAGCCGGAAGCUAGUGAAUGUGAUUGUAGUGUAGGCGACACCUAUUUACCACCAGAAGAACCUCCAAAGGAUACUUAUCUGCCUCCCAGCAAUACGUACAUUCCACCAAAAUGUGAAUGCACAACGACAUCCACCACGACCACAACAACUACCACAACGACGACAACAACAACAACAACCACGACCACAACAACUACAGCUGCUCCAGAGCCAUCGUCCGAAGAGCCAGGAUAUCAAUAUCCAGUGCCAAGUAACGAUAAUGUGCCAAACUCAUUUUUCUAAUU